AAAAGAACUGAGUCAUAGUUUCUCUCUUGCAAUAUACUACUCCUGUUUACUCUGCUCUUUCAUUAGAUUAUUUGGUAUCAGAGAACUAUAAUGAGUGCUACUUUUCUCAAAACAUUUUAUAUCUUUCUCUUGCUUUCAUUGCUUACCCCAGGAAUUAAUUUCACAUUCAACAACUCAAGUCAAAUUGGUGAACCGAAGUGCACAGAGACAGAGAGGAAAGCACUUCUCACUUUUAAACAAAGCCUCGUAGAUGAUUUUGGCAUGCUCUCCACUUGGACCAACCAUCUUAAUAAUACAGAUUGCUGCAAAUGGAAACGAAUUCAAUGCAACCACCAAACUGGUCAUGUGUAUCUGCUUGAUCUUCAUGGAAACUACCCAUAUACACCAUAUUUAAGAGGGUGGAUUCCUUCUACACUUGGAAAUCUCUUAAAACUACGCUAUCUAGAUCUUGGGGAAAAUAUUAUUUGGGGAAAAAUUCCCAUUGAGAUAGGGAAUCUGAAACACUUACAGUAUCUCGAUCUUGGUCUAUUCUAUCUUUUCGGAAAAAUCCCAUCUCAAAUUGGAAGUCUCAAAAAGCUACAACAUCUUAGUCUAGGAAGUAAUACUCGUCCAUAUAGAUGGAAAAAGCCCCAUUAUAUUUCAAAUUCCCUUUCUGGAGCAAUCCCUUUUCGCAUAGGGAAUCUUCCAUUAUUGCAUACUCUCCGACUAGUUGGCAAUUUUGAUGUACAAGCUAAAGAUGCAAAAUGGAUGUCUACUCUCCAUUCCUUAACCAUUCUUGAGCUGAGUUCAUUGCAUAGUCUAAAAUCCUCUCACCAGUGGCUACAAACUAUCGGUAAAAUCAUUCCAAACUUAACAGAGUUGAGACUAGUUGAUUGUAAUCUUUUGCAUAGUGAUAUUAUAUCUUUGUUCCAUUCUCACUCUUCAAAUAACUCCACCUCUCUUACCAUACUAGAUUUGUCUUCUAAUAUGUUGUCACCAUCAAUACUUCAAUUCUUGUUUAACUUUAGCUUUCAUCUUCAAGAGCUUUAUCUUUCCCACAAUGAUAUAACCUUGUCACCUUCUCUUUGUCCAAGUUUUCCAUCUCUUGAGGUCCUCGAUCUCUCUUACAAUAAUCUUGCAUCAUCAGUGUUUCGAGCUAAUUUCAAUAUCAGCUCCAAACUACAAGAGCUUUAUCUUGAAAAUUGCAGUCUUAUGGAUGGAAAUUUCCUUCUUUCAUCUACUUCUACAACGAAUGGUUUGUCCUCACUUAUCUUCCUUGAUCUCUCCAAUAACUUGCUAAAAUCAUCUCCAAUGUUUUACUGGCUUUUUAACUUCACCACUAAUCUGCAUUCCAUUGACGUUAAUGGUAACUUGUUAGAAGGUCCCAUUCCAGAUGAAUUUGGGAAAGCGAUGAACUCUCUUGAAUAUCUUUCUCUCUACAAUAACAAACUCAAGGGCAAGAUUCCAUCUUUCUUUGGAAGGAUGUGCAGAUUACAAAUAUUAGACCUCUCAAAUAACAAGUUAAAUGGUGAAUUUCCAGGCUUCAUUCAAAAUUCUUCAUGGUGUAGCAGACACAUAUUUCGGGAAUUGAACUUAUCUUAUAACCAAAUUACUGAUAAGAUACCCAAGAGCAUCAGACUGCUAUCUGAGUUGGAAAUUUUAUCGUUGCAGGGGAAUUCUUUAGAGGGUGAUGUCAGUGAAUCUCAUCUUUCUAAUUUUUCCAAAUUAUAUUACUUAGACUUGUCAGGUAACUCGUUGUCUCUAAAAUUUGGCUUUAGUUGGGUUCCUCCUUUUCAAUUACAGUUCUUGCUUCUUGCAUCUUGCAAGAUAGGACCGAGUUUUCCUAAUUGGAUUCAGACUCAAAAUUCCUUAAUCAAACUAGAUAUAUCUGAUAAUGGGCUAAAUGAUCUCGUUCCAGCAUGGUUUUGGAACAAGUUGCAAACUCUAUACAUUUUGAAUAUGGCUCACAAUAAUCUCUUUGGUUCAAUCCCUGAUAUGCAACUGAAGCUUCCUUUCAGACCAUCUAUACUUUUAAGUUCAAAUAAAUUUGAGGGAAAAGUUCCAUUAUUUUUGCUACAAGCUUCUGAGUUGCUACUCUUUACAAAUAAAUUUUCAGAUUUCUCAUGUGGAAACUUGAUAGAUACAAACUUGGCCACUUUAGACUUAUCACAUAAUCAAAUAAAGGGGCAACUUCCAGAUUGUUGGAAAUCAAUAAAUCGAUUAUUAUUUCUUGAUUUAAGUAGCAAUGAAUUGUCAGGGAAACUUCCUAUCUCUAUGGGCAGCCUUGUUAACUUGGAAGCUUUGGUUUUAACAAACAAUAGUUUAAUGGGUGAAUUGCCUUCCUCUUUGAAGAAUUGUAAGAAUUUAAUUAUGUUGGAUGUGAGUGAGAAUAUGUUGUCGGGCCCAAUACCAUCAUGGGUUGGAGAAAGCAUGCAACAAUUGAUAAUCUUGAUCAUGCGAGGGAAUAACUUCUCUGGAAAGAUUCCCCUUCAUCUAUGUUAUUUGAAGCGUAUUCAAUUAUUGGAUCUGUCCAAGAAUAAGUUAUCAGAAGAAAUUCCACCUUGCUUAAACAAUUUUACUGCAUUCUCUGAAAAGAUCAACAACAGAGUUGAAACUGAAAGUCGGGUAUAUUGGUACAAUAGUACUUACUAUGAAAUUUAUAAUCUUUUCAGUUAUAGUUAUUAUGAGAUUCAUAUAACAUGGAUGUGGAAAGGUGUGGAACGCAACUUCACACAUCCUGAGUUGAUUCUUCUGAGCAUUGAUCUCUCAUGUAACAACUUAAUAGGUGAAAUCCCUCAAGAGAUUACAUACAUGCUCGGGUUAGUUUCUUUGAAUUUAUCAAGAAACUAUUUGAGUGGAGAAAUUCCUUCAGACAUUGGAAAUUUAAGUUCACUUGAAUCCCUUGACUUGUCAAGAAAUAAACUCUAUGGAAGAAUUCCUUCUUCUCUUUCCCAAAUGGAUUUUCUCCAAAAAUUAGACUUGUCACAUAAUUCUCUUUCUGGAAGAAUCUCAUUGGGAAGACACAUGGAUACAUUUGAUUCCUCUUGUUUUGAAGGAAAUAUUGAUCUUUGUGGUAAACAACUUAACAAGAGUUGUGCAAGAGAUCAGUCAUUAGUCAAGCCUAAAAAAGUAACAGGUCACGGAGAAUAUUAUGUUUUCUAUGAAGCAUUCUACAUAAGCAUGGGGAUAGGAUUCUUCGCUGGCUUUUGGGGCUUAUUAGGUCCAUUACUACUUUGGAAACCAUGGAGAAUGACUUAUAUGUGGUUCUUGAAUAGACUGAUAGACUUUCUACUUGUAAUGGUUGAAGUGAACUUAGCAAAGCACCAAAGGUAGAUUAAAGACUAAACAAAGUGCAAAAGGUGUGGCUCAAAAACUAGCUGGUAUGUAACUCUAAUAACUUCUUCCUUUGAGUUUUAUAGUACUUAUUUAUCCUUCGGAUAAGUAAAUCAGUAAGUAGGCUUUAUAUUGAAUUUGAUAAUACCUUUAUAAAAAGAAAUUUACAAGGCUUCCUAUGAAUCUAAGGGUUAGAAUUUGAUUCUUGCUUACAAUAUAACACUAAACGUAUUUUCGUUAAUUAUCAAUUUUAUUAAACAUUGAU